GUAUCUUACUCUCCUCCUCCUCUUGUGUGUGAGUGUGUGUUUUAUCUCUAUAUAACUCAUCAUAGAGGAAUAAAUAUUUACCCCCUCCCCUUCUUCUCUUGUGUGUGAGUGUGUGUGUUUCAUUUCCACAUCCUAAUCCUCUUCUCUUUUCUCACUGUCCCAGUACUAGCUUUUGCUCCUCUCUAUUAAUACUCUCCUGUGCUUGGGCAGUGGCCUUCCACUCCCCGGAGGAACUAGUAUCAUGGGAAUUCAGAAACCUGCAUGGCUGGAAGCACUAUACACACAGAAGUUCUUUGCAGGAUGUCCAGCACAUGAAACAGCAAAGAAAAACGAGAAGAAUGUAUUCUGUUUGGAUUGUUGUACUAGUAUUUGUCCGCAUUGUUUACCUGCUCAUCGUUAUCAUCGGCUCGUUCAGAUUCGUCGUUACGUUUAUCACGACGUUGUUAGACUGGAAGACCUUGAGAAACUUAUUGAUUGCUCUAGUGUUCAGUCUUAUACCAUUAACAGUUCAAAGGUGGUGUUUAUUAAGAAGAGACCUCAAAGUAGACAGUUUAAAGGCUCUGGAAACUUUUGUACUUCAUGUGAUAGAAGCUUACAAGAACCUUAUGUUCAUUGCUCUCUCGGUUGCAAGGUGGAUUAUUUGCUAAAACAUAAGAAGAGUUUAUCUCCGUACUUAAAGGUUUGCCAUACAUUACAACUUAGUCCAGACUUUCUCGUCCCACAAGAUAACGGAGACUGCUGUUACGAUGAAGACGACGAAAUGACAAAUUCAACGAUUGUAGAUUACGACGAGCCGAUGAGUUCGUCGUCCGGUUCCGAGAACAUGAGUAUGAUGAUAUGUACCGAAUUUGUUAGAAAGAAAAGAAGUGGUUAUAUAGUAUGUGGAAGAUCAGCUAAUAACAUUAGUAGUAGUGAUUCAAGUAGUGAAGAUAUGGCAACAAGUAUGAGUAGAAGAAAAGGAAUCCCUCAAAGAUCUCCUCUAUGUUAGCAACAACAACAUGAACAUUUUUGCCAUAUGUUUUUCUUUUACUGUUCUAAAUUAAAUUAAUUAACUUCUAAUUAAUACCUUAAAAAAUCUCACCACCCCUCCUCUCUU